AUGGCGCUCUCGCAAAUCAAGGCGUCGCUCCCCGCCCUAUCCCGGGGGCACGCGAGCUUCACAAUCAGUGUGUUCCUUUCGUACAUCCUCGAUUGGAUUCUCAUCGUAGGUAUCGCUCUAAUCGGCUAUGGCUUCCACCGCGUCGAACCAAAUCACAUGCCCUUCUCGCUGGACAACGUGGACUUCUCGUACCCAUACACCGAGAAUGAAACCGUGAGCUCUGGCGUUAUGGUCGUGGUCUCACUCGUUGCACCGGCCGUGAUCAUUCCGGUUGUGUGCCUACUCUUCACCCCGGGGACUUCUAUCGACGGCUCCGCGUCGCCCGCGCUGGUUUGGCGACGCAAGAUUUGGGAGUGGAAUGCUGGCUGGCUCGGGCUGGCGCUGGCUUGCGCCAGUGUUUUCAUGGCUACGGAAGGGUUGAAGGAUCUGUACGGCAAGCCGAGGCCUGAUAUGCUUGCGCGCUGUGAUCCAGAUGUUGAGAACAUUGCUGCUUACGCGGUUGGUGGACUGGGGCAGAGGCUCGCAGGGGCUCCUACGCUGGUAAGCUGGGAUAUUUGCAGGAAUAAGUCGUACAUGUUGAAGAUGAAUGGGUUUGUUAGCUUCCCCAGUGGGCAUUCGUCAUUUGGAUUUGCCGGCCUGACAUACUUCUCCCUCUGGCUGUGCUCCAAGUUUUCGGUCAAGUUCCCCCACCUCGCGCAUUCGCCGUUUACCCAGGACUUGCGCGCGCGGGACCGUCUCGCGAUCCGAGCCCAGGGCGCUGCGCCGCCAAUUUAUCUGGUUAUCCUCGCUUUUGUGCCUUGGGCAGUUGCCUUCUUUAUCUCUGCUUCGCGCUGGUUCGAUCACCGACAUCAUGGCUUUGAUAUUAUCUUCGGCUCUGUUAUGGGAAUGGUGUUUGCUUGGGUUGGGUUUAGACUAUACAGUCCUCCUCUCGAGCGCGGGUCAGGCUGGUCAUGGGGAGCGAGGAGUCGUGAUCAUGCGUUUUUCAAAGCUUUCGGGAGCCCGAGUAAUGUCGGCGACGAUAACUGGUCGAGCUUGAAGGUGGUGUCGAGGGAACCGGAAAUGACACAGAACGGCGAGGUCGACCUAGAGAGCGGAAGACGUGAUCUGGCUGAAUGA